UUAGACAGAGAGUGAAGGACGAUAUAAAUUCUUCACUUUCGACUUUCCUUCACGGAGAGCACCCUUGGAGAGAGAGAGGGAGAUGAAUCUGAUGAUGAUGAUGAUGAUAAAAGGGUGUUAGAGAGGGAAUAGAGUGAGAGAGGAAAGAUAGGUUCGACGCUUGAGUUUCUUUUGAGAAGAGAAGAUUGAAGUGUCUCUCUAUAGCCAAUGACUGAUCUUGUCUUCUUUCGUCAAAGCUUCUGAACCGGAUAACUGUAAGUAACAGAAUCUAUAUAUGGACGAGUUUGAUCUUGAGAAUCCAUUAACGAGCUUGGAAGAACACCAGGCCGAUACCAUUCCGGCGCUUUUUGCUGCAGAAUCAGAUCAUAUGCCUUGUGAGAACUACUUCCGGAGCUUCAAAACCAGAGAUUUUGAUAUCUCGGUCCGACGAGAGAUUAUUUCUUUGAUCCUACAGGCUCAAUUCUCCAGCAACUUUGAUCCGUUCAUAACAUAUCUCGCUAUCAAUUAUCUCGAUCGAUUCAUCUCCGGACAAGGAAUGCCGAAAGGAAAGCCGUGGAUCCUGAGGCUUGUCGCAAUGUCUUGCCUUUCCCUUGCAGCGAAAAUGAAGAAAACAGAGUUCUCCCUGACUGAUUUCCAGAGGGAAGAAGGAUUCAUCUUCGACACGCAAACAAUACAGCGAAUGGAGCUCCUGAUACUCGGAGCUCUCAAGUGGAGAAUGCGCUCGAUAACGCCCUUCUCCUUUAUUUGUUACUUCCUUUCUCUAUUCAAAAUCAAAGAACCGCCUCUGAUACAUGAUCUGAAAACUAGAGCAACAGAGAUUAUCUUUAAAGCUCAAAACGAGAUCAAACUUUUAGAGUUCAAGCCAUCGAUAGUUGCAGCAGCGGCAGUUCUCUCUGCUUCCCACGAGUUCUUUCCCUUGCAAUUCCCUUGCUUUAAAAAAGAGAUUUCCUCUUGUGUAUACGUAAAUAAAGAGAACCUGUUCGAUUGUUGCAGAAUGAUGCAAGAUAUAGUGAUUGAUGGCUACGAGUCGGUAUUUGAUAUGGUUUCGAGCUCGGACACGCCAGUCAACGUGCUUGACCAAUACUACUCGAGCUCGGAAAGCGAGAAGACCGGCUCCUCCAUCUCCAUCGCCACUCCUACUAUAAAAACAGCGGAGAGAGACAUCAAGCGGCGAAAGUUGAGCGAUUUCUGCAACGAUAAUGCAUUCCAGCUUUCACAGAUACAGCAGUGCUGAAUUCCUGAUAAAUAAUCUGGUACAACAGCAUAACUCAUCCAGGGAACGACAUCAGCAGCACCAUGGAUUGAAAAGAAAAGAAAACAGUCUACGAGAGUGUGUGAUACUCUCCCGAAACCAAAUCACUGCUGCCCCAUCACGUACACGACAGUUUAUCUCCCAAUUCCACCAAAACAAAAAGGAAAACAAGAUGAAAAGUAA